AUGGAUAUUCAAGAUGGCGACCAAGAUGACGUCUUCAUCAACCAAACCAACUCAGAGGAAGAUACAGAGAUGUAUGAGAAAAACCUUCAGGAACACUUGUCUAUCUGUAUGAGCGGGAUAUAUGGCAUAUUUCUGGUUGCAAUAGGGAUUGUGAUUCCAAUGGCCGAAACGUUUGCAGAUCCCUCACUUCCGUUUGUGUUCGAGGCAUUCUAUAUAUAUCUGUACGUGAUGGGAAUCCUCUUCAUCCUCUACGUUUACAUCUUUAUGAUGCGGAAAAAGCAUCUUGGAGUAAGGGACAUUGCAAAAGCACUAUCACGGAGACUAUCAUCUUCCAAGACUCCCCCUACUUUCGUCUCUGAUCAAAGAAAGCAUGGACAUGCCAUUAUAUACCAGUCUAUCAACUACCCGAACUGCACAGGAAGUUUCUACAUACGGCUGGGCGCGGUCUUGUUUGGAGUUGGAAGCAUGGUUGACAGUGGUUUACAUUUCGGACAGCACUUACAAGCGUUUGAUGGCCAGUCCUUGUGUAAUAAACCUAUCGAGGCGGCAAAGCCCUUCGCACAUCUCGUCUUCACAUUUGUCCAGCUCUACUUUAUCUUCCUCAACUCCAAAUUAUGUAUCCACAACAACAGAACUAUUGCCAGGUUUGGUAUGAUACAUCUAUCCUGUACCAACAUUUGUGUAUGGGUUCAAAGCCUCGUUCUUGAAUCACUGUCCGUUCUACACCAUUGGAAUGGAGUUCACCAAACCAUGGAUCUGACUGUCACACCAACCGCACUGGACGAGCAUUUAAACCAUACAGACAAUCAGGAAUCCACAAGUUUGAGCAACUUGAAUUCUACUGUACACAGUUCCCCACCGGAAGUGACAUGCUAUUGGGAUGAUAUGAUGUCGCGUGUUGUUCAGUCUACUGGGCCGUACCUUUAUUCUUGUACAAUUGAAUACAGUAUUAUUUGUACUGGUAUACUGUAUGUGAUGUGGACAAACAUCGGCACACACCAAAGAACGGAGUAUCAAACAAGGGAUACCGGAAAUGACUCAAACGCAGAAAAUGAUGACGACACAAUUUCCCUCGACAGAAAACGUCACAAAAUCAGUGUAGAUUGCACGAACUCAAGUCGUGGCUUGUUUAUUGGUAUCCUUGUUUCCGUAAGUGCUAUUAUAACAAUGAUAGCAUUUUAUGUUAUGAUCAAUCUAAAAACAUUUCAACAAACUGCCGUUGUGUUGAUGUUGCUUUCGGAAAUGACUAUGUACAUAUUAACCAGUAUUGGGAGCUUCUUAGCGGCAGAAAGGAUGCACAAACUACGUCAUUAUUCCGCUCUCAAAUUUGGUCUUGAAGAGGGUCUGCUGUUGGUAUCUUUCACUGGACUUCUCUUGUUUGGUGUGUUUAAUAUAGUGCCGGAUGUACAUUAUACAGACAAAACCCUCGGAGUACUGAACGUCAUGACAAACGUGCUUAUGAUCUUGCAAGCGUCUAUACAAACUGUCCUCCUGCUGACCACAAGAAAGCUUCGAGCUUUUAACAAAGGACAGGAAAAAGGAAAGUAUGGACGGCAGUUUGUAACAUUUCUUAUCCUCUGCAAUUUUGCAAUGUGGACACUGGAAACUUUUCAAUCGCGAGAACCUGAACAUAAUCCUAUUCAGGUUGAGAUGUAUGGAAUAGAAGCAUGGACUUUGUUUUCUCACAUUGUGGUGCCACUCGCAAUUUUCUUUCGCUUUCAUUCGUUCGUAUACUUAUUAAGCAUUUGGAAGAGUGCGUGGAAAAUGAAGGCAAACACUUAA